AUGCAAGGAAGUUACAAUAACAAUGGUCUACCAAGACCCUACUAUAUGAAACCAUCAAAGAAAAAACUGUCACCGUAUUCUAAUUUGAAAGAACCAAUUGUAUAUUUUAAUACUCCAAAAAGAAAAUUAAUGGGAUAUAUAAUAAUGUUCAGUUUAAUUGGGAUAUUAAUGUGGUGGAUCUCUCAAGAUUUCAAGGGGAAAUCUGAAAUUGAAUAUGAACUAGUUAAGAAUGAAAAGUCAGGUGAAAAGAAUACUCAUAUUGAUCUUAAAAACAGUGCUAAUUUGGACAAGAUUGUGAAUGCUGUUGGAUCCAAAGCAGACAAAGAAAGUGAAAAUCUCGAUUUAGCUGAAAAUUUGUCAGAAGGAUCUAAAGGACAAAAAGGAAUUGGUGUAGCUGAAGCCCCUAAAGGGGGGAUAGCUAAUGAGGCUCCAGUUGUUGGCAAUGAUGAAGAAGAAUUGGUUGGUACAGGUAAAAGUGGACAAAAACAACAAAAGGCUGAAGGAAAUCCAAAGGGUAAAGGGUACAAAGCGUCUAUUGGUAAGGCAAAUGAUAAAGAUUCCACUGGUGCUGCUCCUGCUGCUGCUGCUGGUGCUGCUGCUGCUGGUGCUGAUAGCCCCAAUGGAAAAGAAGAUCCUGCUCCUGACGUUGAAGACACUGCCGCUGCUGCGAGACUAUCCAAUGAAGACAAAGUUCAACAGAUUAUAAAAGAUACCGCAUGA